UUACACCCACUGAGGGAGAAGAUGCCUGACUAGGGGGGGGAUAAAGCUGUCUCAUAACUCAAAGUCGGGCUUUUGCCGAUGAUCUGGCUCAAUCAAAAAAUGUGGACUUUUCAGCCACUGGUCAUCCUGAGCGGCCCGGAGGGGGGAAGCGGAGGCUUAUACGCUCUCGCUAUCAUGUCAAUCAUUCCAUUGUCCUAUUGGUUGUUUAGGAAAAAGGGUGAGUUGGAUUUUCUUUAAAAUAUUGUGAAACAUGUGAGACAUCAAUAACUAGAUGAGCUGGCAGAUUAUUGACUAUUUUGGGGGAAUUUGAGGAUCUUUGGAACUUUGGAUUUUAAGAUUUUGUAUUGUUUGAGCUUAAUUUACAAUUAUAUAUAUCCUGCUGAAUCUCUUACUGAGUGGUUGGUUUUUUUAAUUCUAGUUGGAGAUUUCUAACUAUAAUACUACAGUGCUGUUGAAGUCAUUACUUCUUACUGAGUUUGUGUCAGUUUGUGUAAACAUAACCAAAAAGGAAGUACAACUACAUAUGAUUAAAUACUAAAAGAAGAAUAACUUUUGUCCUAAAUGUGAUUACGUUUAUCAAAUCAAGUCUUCAUAUUGUUUGACUUGUGUACCCCUCGUGUCCACUAGAUGUCCCCGUGUAGCUUGAAAUCUGAAGCGCCUCUUAGUUUUUUUUUUAAUCAAAACAUGUCUUUUCUAAUAUCUCACAGAUUAUUGAUCAUCCUUGUUUGGCUCAUGAUACGACACUAAAAGGGGAAUGAGUUGGUGGAGUUACUUUCUUAUUUCUUUAAAAUGUUUUUUUUUAAUCCCAUGCGGCUCUAAAUGAUGCAAAAGCCUCAGAUGAAAGUGUUGUUUGUGAUGUUGCGAGAUAAAAUGUGAUUUUUGCAAACAUAAAAGCUGGAGGUCCUCCACCCUCCCAUAAGCCGACUGCUGUUUGUCCUUUUUGUGUGCAAGUUAGUGGCCAGUUAAGCCUUUUUGAAGCAGAAAGGCAGCAAUCAAAGUCUUCAAAAACACCCCGUUUAAAUGAGAUAAUACAGAGCUAAAAGUCUUUAAAGCAAAAUACUUUUAAAGCAGCUUGUAUUUCAUUAAAUUUAAUCCUAAUUUGAUUUUAUGUCUUUUUUCAAGUAAUAUAUUUUCAGAAAACUUUUUAAAAACCCAUUUUGAUUUCUUCAAACCACAGCUCCUCAAUGAAAACUCAUUGAUCCCCUGGUUGGACUCUGUAAAGUUAUUCGAUGCAACAUGAAGCGAAACAACAAAAUUAUGAACGCUCCUCCCCACAGGUGACACCUGUCCAGUGAUCACAUCCUCUGUAGAACAUUUAGCAGCAAUGAGCUUUUUAAAAAACACACAAACUACUGGGGUAAAGUCUGUGUCCUGCUUAUAAAUCUGACAUUUUUUAAUAUUUUACCAUUUAAAAAUUAAAGUACAAGUGCCCUUUAAAAACUCAUUUGUUGUAAAUAUCUUAGACAGGUAUAACAAACAAAAAGCAAGUGUAAAAAGUGAAUGUCAGUGUCAUUUUUUUAAAUUGCUCUUUUAGAUUAUUACUGAUUUUUUUUCAAUCCAAAUUAAAGUGUUAUACAGUACUUGUAAAUAGUAUAUUUAUCCUAUGAUGCCAAACUCUUUAAAAAUCACAUUCAAGUUUUUUAGCGUAUCUCGUCAAUGGUUACCAAAGCGUCAUCUAUGUGCACACAUGAUUUAGCAGAGAUUUUUAUGCCCGUCCUUCUGACACAGCCCAAUUUUUUUUAUUUUAUUUUUUGAUCUGGGCUGGGGACCCGCAAAGGAAGACCCACACUUGGGCUUCCUUGUGGCUACAUAGUUAAGCAGUACCAUCCAGCCAAAUGAGCCGUCCAACCGCUGGACAUAGAAUAAGCUAGAAAAAAGAUUUAGGUAAUAAUUCCAGCACUGCAAAUUACUAAUAUUUCCUGUUAGUAGACUUUAAUGCUGCAGAACCCAAAAAAACAUUUUUUUUCCGAGCUUCCAAAAAAUUUGACGAUUUGUUUGUGCAUUUUAGGUAACAUCAAUCACUGUGGAAAAUAAAAUCAAAACAACUAAAAUAAUAAUUAAAAAUAAAGAAAACAUGAAUAUAAAAAAAAAUUAAAAAUUCAAUGAAAAACAAUGGCUUAAGUUGACCCAGUGUGUAUAAACAUUAGUGGUUCUCUUAAGUGCUUUCUAAUGUAAUUUGGGUUAAAAUUUAUCUUUGAUGAAAAGAUAAUAUAAAUGAUGCUUAAUAGAUAUGUAAUUUCCUCAUGUAUUGUGUUAUGAACAAAAGAAAAUCAAGAAAAAAAACAUGUUUUCCAACACUUCCUUUUCAGAGCAAUAUUUCUGUGGAAUUUUCUCAUAAAUGCUCUGCAAGUUUAUAGCAUUUUCCUCUAGAGAAAGAGGAGGAAGUAGGUGAGAGAAAAGUGCAGGAGCAGAGGACACAUCUGCAGCUCCACUUGUAUGAAUGACAGUCAAAUGAAGAGAAGAUUACCUUCAAUAGACGGAGGGCAGGAGCUGGAGCAUAAUGAAGAGCAGAUACCCUUUUGGCCUUUGCACAGAGCAGUUUGACCUCAACGACGCUCCAGUUUGCCCUUUAUCUGCUUCAUCAUGUUCUGCUUUGGUCUUUUCUUACUCCUCCUGCUUUCUCCUGCCACUCCAUCUCACACAACACUCCUUUCUUCACUCCACCUAUCUACUCAAAUGACUAAUUCUCCAAUAAGUAAGUGGGUAGAUAAAACCUCUCCAACAAACAGGCCGGGCUCAGAUUUCUUGUGCUCUGUCCAUUGGAAAAUUAUGGUUCAAUAAGGCUCUGUUUAUGUUUAUCCUGUCUGCAAUGAGAGCCUUUCUGCAGCACUCAACCGAAACCUCUAUAGAGUUAGGAUGAGCUAUUGUGAUGAGAUGUUUUUUGUUUUUUUGUUUGUGAAAAGACAAGGUUGUGGUUCAUAAAGGUUUCCUGUCUGGGCUGUGUUAAAUUGUAAACAACAUGGUUAAAAUCCUGUUUAUUGACUCUUCUGCAUCUUUUAAAGGCUGCAAUGAAGCCAGCCACUUUAAUGGCAGGUUAGAAAAAGCAUCAGUAAUGUUAGAAAGAUAAAUGUCAGUCGUAAAACGUCCGGAAGUCUCCACCAAGAUAGAAAAGGAAACGCAUCAGGUCAGCAAGACAAAUAGGGAAUGCACUUUUUUUUUUUUUUUUUCAAGCAAGUUAUUUUUACUGCUGAGGGCAAGACGAUAUCCUCACAGGGAGUCAGAGGGGGGGGCCACAAGAUCACAUGGAAACAUCUUGAACAGAUCCUGAUGGAGAUUUGGCCAGACCAAACUCCCAUGACUGACAGGAGGAACAGGAGCUAACAGGGUAUCUAACUUAAAGGGAAUAAAAAUUAAAUUGAAUAAUCUCAUUAAUUCCUUUUUAUCUAAUUUAUUUUUUAGCAGAAAGCCACGGUCAAAAAAAAUGUAUUUUUUUUUUAAUUACAACCUUAAAUUAAAAUUUACAAGAAAAAUGACGUAAAUUUAGGAGAUUUAAGUGAGUAAAUCACUUUUUAUUGUCUUUUUCCCCCAAUAAAGGCGCUGCUAUAUUUAUUUUGCAGGAUUGUGAGACACCCCUGUAAACUGUUAAAAUAUUGUUUAGCUCUUAACAGGUUUUUUUAACAAUACCCAACCAUCUAUAAACUUUGUUAGCUACUUAAGAAAAAUAUUUUAGCUUUUCAGUCUGCAUAUUGCACUCGAAACGAAAUAAAAAAAAGUUUAAAAAGUUUAAAAAAUUGUUGAAUUUUUUUAAAAAGUGUCACUAUUUUUAGUGGUGUUGUUCUAAUUGAAAAAUGUUGCUUAAUUUUUUCAAGUGUUCCAUGUUUCCAACAAUAAGUGUCUAUAUUAACCUUUCAAAAUUAAAAUGUGGUCUGUUUGUAUUUGAAAAUAUUACUCUUCCACAAAGCCAGCAUCUAACGAUAAGCCAGUUUUUUUAGUAAAACUAUUACAUUUAACCUUAAUUUAACCUGCUACUUGCAUCCAUUACAUAAUUUUAGUUUUUUGUCCUAUUUUUAAUCAAUGUAUGGUGUCACAACUUAGCCAAAAUCUGUGUUGUUUCCUUGCUAUGGCAAGAGGAAGUUAUUAUUUUUGAAAAAAUACAUAGCAAUAACUCAUCCAAAAAAAAAAAAAAAGAUUUAUGUAUCAAAUUUUAGUCCUUUAAUUUGUAAUGGCCUUGUAAAGUCUUCUUAUUCUCCAUAUAAAAUGUUGCAGCUCUGGGUAGUUCUGAUGAUCAACAUUUUUUUAGAAAAGUGACAGUAUUUAAUGUUAAAUAACAAAAUUUUGUGGCUUCAGGUGAAUCAGUUUUAAUUGAUACCUUUCGGUUUCCAUGGUAACAAGUUGAUGCAAAUCAAUCAAGGUAAUGCUAAACGGAUAGAAGACAUGUCUGCUUCUUUCAGCACCCCCUGUCUCUUGUGUGUGUGUUUGACUUUGGCCCAUUGUCUCUGCAGUUUCUCCCUCCCUCUCAUUUUCUCAGGCUCUCCCUCUUCUUUUUAUCAGCUAGCUCGCUCACUCACUCUCUCUCUCUUUCCCUCUCACAACAUUUGCUUCCUGACAAGCGCUGCCAAAGGACUAGCAGGCGCUUCACAUCCCCAGAUUCCUUCAGUCGACAUGCAGCUGGAAGACAAAAGAGGCGAGCGAGCAGACGAAAAGUUCAAACUGUGGCUCAGGUGUUGGUUUGGAGCUCUGCCUUACAGCCUGUAGCUUCAGCAGAAAUUACUUCUGAUCAGACUGUGAUUCAACAUUUUUUUUUUUUUUUGUCAGAGUUUGAUAAACUUUUGAUGUUUCUCUACUGAAAAUCCUACAAUUAAGUGUGGAAAGAAGGGGAAGACAACUUCAUUUGAAAGUUUAGGAAAUAUACAAACUUCUCAGGUAGGUGCAGUAAUAUUUUUGGCCUGACAGGCCAGCCACAUCUGGCUUGGUGGAAUAGUCCUGGGCGAUGACACACAUCAACAAACCAAGAUGCUAAGUCUGGACGGCUUGGAGAUAAUCGCCGUGUUGGUGGUCAUGGCCCUCUUCAUCAAAGUCUUGGAGCAGUUUGGAAUGUUCGAGCCUGUUGGUGGGGAAGACAGUGUAGAAGAUGACUUUGAGCUGUCCACCGUGUGCCAUCGUCCUGAAAGCAUGGACAAGCUGGAGGAGCUCACCAAGUUCACCAAGAAGGAGCUGCAGGUUCUCUACAGAGGCUUCAAAAACGAAUGCCCAAGUGGGGUUGUAAAUGAGGAGAACUUUAAGACUAUUUACUCCCAGUUCUUCCCUCAGGGAGAUUCCAGUAUGUAUGCACAUUUCCUUUUCGAAGCCUUCGACACGAACAAGAACGGCUCGGUUAGUUUUGAGGAUUUUGUAUUUGGUUUAUCCAUUAUCCUGAGAGGAACAAUUAAUGACCGAUUAAAUUGGGCGUUUAACUUGUACGACCUAAACAAAGAUGGCUGUAUCACCAAAGAGGAGAUGUUGGACAUCAUGAAGUCCAUCUACGAUAUGAUGGGGAAGUACACGUACCCCACCAUGCAGGACGACGCCCCGAUAGAACAUGUGGAGAGCUUCUUCCAGAAAAUGGACCAAAAUAAAGACGGCGUGGUUACCAUAGAGGAGUUCAUUGAGUCGUGUAAAAAGGAUGAGAACAUCAUGCAGUCCAUGCAACUGUUUGACAACGUCAUCUAAGAGUCCGGACUAGCAAGGACACCUGCACCGGGGGAAAGAGGUGUGACUGGAUCAAACAGAGUUUAUGAAUGUACAUGUGCGUCUUUGUGAGUGCUCGAAGGACUCGCAGGCUCACGCUCGUGUCACUGUUCGGAGUCCUGAAGGCGCGCAGAGACCUUUUUCCUUUCUGCUGGACCCCUGCUCCCCGUCCUCUCAGAGUUUUCUUCUCUCCUGCUAUCAAUAAAAUAAAAACUCUUCAUUUUAUCCUGGAGGCAGCGAGGAAGAAGUGGACAUCUAAAAAUCCUGACCCUUUUUUGUUCAAACUUUUAGUUCUUACUGCUUUUGAUGAAGGAACCCUUAGAGCUUCUAAAGCUUGAAGUCAAAGGAAAAUGGUCCUCAAACAUUCAACCGAGAUUUGUUUCCUGCUAUGAUGACUGGAUUUAUCUUUUUUUUUUCUUUUUCCUGGAUAAGUGUGGAAAAACCUUCAGGCCACUCAGCUAGAAAUGAGUCUAUUGCCCCCUGGUGGACAAAGGGAAAAUUACAUAUCUUUAGGGAAAAAAAAGAGGAACAAACUGAAAAUUAUCAAACACUGAUGGGAAUUCAGAAAUACUCCUUUCCUUGAGGAAUUGUUUUCAAUAUCGCAUGAUGAUGUCACUAAUAUCUAAUUAUGUAUUUAAAGAGAUACUCCAAAGUCUGCUCGUCUGUCCGCCGUUCCUGGUCAUUCACAGGUGCCUCACCCUCUGUUUGUGUGCGUGUGCAUGUGUAACAGAAAGAUGUCGUCUAAGAUCACACCAGGAGAACAACCACCUCCAGUCAUGGCAGUUCGGUAGAAUAAGUCUUGGCCUUCCAAACUAUUACAGUCCUAGCAUUAGAUGUCUAUUGACUGUUGUAUUAUUCCUAGCUUUCCCUGUGAAGUGAUAGUCAAGUAAAGGAUUACACCAAAAGUAUCGGUGGAUUGACAGAAACGCCCAACUACCACAGACGUACUGGCCCAUAAAAGUAUGAUUUAUUAGAUUGCAGAUUUGAUGUGAAUAUCUUGUCAUCUAAGCUGUCAUGUGGUUGUAGCAGGUUCUACUUCAACAACAAAAAAACAUGUUGCACUAAAUAACCUUAAUCCAACUUUGAUCAGACAUAAGUUUGCAUGUGGACACAUGGGUAUGCUGUAAUCUUUUUAGUUCCUUCCAACAUCUUAUCCUGCUUUUUUUUUGGUGACACCAAAGAUUAAUAUUCCUAGAAGGUACAAACUGCAUUUAUUGUUGGGGAAAAAAGAAGAUAUUUAAACUAUAAAGUAUUUGCUGUUAUUUUAUUUUGACUGCAGACUGAAAUUCUAGGAUUUAAAACAUGCAUGUUAAGAUUUGACAUUUACUUUGGAAAAACCCAAGAGUUGCAUCAAAUUCAAAGUUGAUGUCCCAGAAGCGAUCUGCCCUUAAUUCAAUUCCGUGCAGAGACCAACAUUGAAUAACAAUAACCUUCUCUGCCACACAGCUUUCCUCCUUAUCCAACCUCACCCAUUAAAUUACAUUAAAAGACUAUAUUUUAACUUGAAUGUAUUUUUUUUUUCAUUAUAAUUUUUCUUUUAUCAGAACAAAACUUGUUUGGCUCAUACUGUUCCUGUCCACAAAUGAAACCUGUCUAUACCCGCAUGUACUGUGUCUAGAAUAAUGAAAACAUAAUAACCUGGUGUACUGACUGUCUAGUUAGCUAGCCUCAACUGGUUGAAUUACAUAUUUAAAAUAUGUAUAUUUUGUAAAGAGACAAUAAAGUCACAAUUACUAUGCAAA